AUGGCGUGUCGUUUGACAAAGCUCUGACAGUUCAGUUUUUAAGAAAAAAUUAUUAAAAGUUGUAUUUUAAUUUUGUAUGACCAUGUUUACGUUACCAAAUUUUUGCCGUGUAUGUCUCAAAUAUGAUAAGAACCUAAUAGAUUUAGCUCAUAUCGAAAACGAGCCUAACGAGACACUAAUCAGCAAAUUACAACUUUGUGUUUCUGAAGUGGAAUGGACGACUUACAAGCCUUUGUUGUGCCAUCCGUGUAUCAAGCGACUCAAUAUAGCGUACAGCUUUAAAAAACAAUGUGUACAAUCAGCAGGUGUUUUAAAAAACUAUGUAGAAUUAGUCAAAGAAUCUCAAAAGAAAAAUGAAUCUCCUAGUGCCACUAACACACCUCAAGGGGGUACAUUUAUGAUUCUCCCUAAUCAUAAAUAUGUGAAAAUACUGGUGGGCCCACAAAAUCAAGGCACAACAAGUAACUCAUUUCAGAAUGUAUUUUUAAACCUUAUCCCUGCAACUAGUCUGACUGCAGUGCCUAGUAUUGGAGGCAAUUCAAGUGAUCAGAAAAAUAAAGAUACUAAUCAAAAUCUUUUUCUGAACAUAAAUAAUACCUUUCAAAAGCUGGUUCCUAUUACUUCUAUAAGUCCUCUAGAACCUCCACCUUUAAAACCAACUGAACCUGUAAAAUUACUACAGGCAAGUAAAGAACAGGCUGUCAAUCUAAAUGUUGAUCAACUUUUGACUAGUUCUAAUGCGGAAGAAAUGAGUGUUGAAAUAGAUCCAACUUCAUUUUUAUCAGUAGAACAUGACCACUCAAAUAGCGGAGACGAGUCUAAAAAUGAUUGGGACGAGGUCAUUACCAAGCAAAAAAUUGAUCACAAAACCGUUAAAGUUAAUGGCACAAGCAAUGGAAAAAACACUUCAGGCAAUUUUGUUCCUAUUCUACCAAAAGAAGAUUUCUUCAUGUCGGGUGCUCAUUUUCUUUCCGGUUCCUUGGAAGAAGGAAAUUUUUCAUGUGAAAUGUGUGAAAAGAGCUUUCUAACUGUCAGACUUUUGAAACAGCACUUUAAAGAGUUCCAUCUAGGUAAACUACCAUUUAAAUGUGAAUAUUGUUACUCUUCCUUUUUAACAAGACCAGAAUUUGAACAUUGUAUGAAAAGCCAUAUUCUGGAAUCUAGCCUGGCAGAAAAUAAUUCUUUAACCUUAAAGGAUUUCUCUGAGAAAGAUUCUUUCGAAAACGACUCACUAAGUAUGUCUAUAAUAGCAGAAACACCUGCCGAUCAUAAUUUAUUUCCUAACGAGAAUGGUGACUUUGUUUGUCAUGUAUGCAGCAGAGUAUUUCACAGUUCAUCUGGAUUAUUACGCCAUAAGGUGCGUAAACAUCAUCAGAAAAAUAGGAAAAAGUACUUUAUAAAGGGCAUGAAAAAUGCUACUUGUGAUAUUUGUAACAGGGACUUUUCAACACAAUCAUAUUUGCAGCAACAUAAAAAAUUGCAUUUUCGUAACGAUGCGGGCUAUAAAUACAAAGUUCUAGGGAAAAAUAAAUAUAAGGAAUCAUCUGAUGUCGAAAGUGAAGAUCAGAAACCUACAGAAAAUGGGGAGACAGAAAUGAAAAAAGGCUCGGAUAGCAAUGACGCGAAUACUAAUGAACAAGAAGAGUCAGACACAAACAGUGAAAAUGAAGCAGAACCAGAAAAGAAAAAACAAACAGAACAAUUAAAUGAAAAAGAGAACAGUACCAGUUCAAAUGAUAUAAAUAUGUGUCAUAAGGACAACGAAUCUGGUGCUAGUGAUGAUGGGGAUGACAAAAUGGAAACAGAGGAAGAUAAUUAAAUAUUAAGAGGAAACAUAAUGGUACUUGUGAAGUAAUUAUAAACUCAUACAAUUGAAUAGUAAGUUGUAUUCUUAGUGAUAAAAUCCAUAUCCAGACAUUUUUUAAACCAAUUUUUUUUUUAGAAAAAAAUAACAUUGUUCUAUUACAUUUAUUUUAAAAUUGUUUUUUAAAAAUGUCAUAUAAAAAACCUGAAUUUCUGAGGUUACUUUUAGAGGGUACCUAUCCUAAAAAAUACACACAAUAGUGAUAUGAUUAUUGACAAAAACUCAAGGGAAUGUAUUUUUCUCAUUCUAAACUUUUUUUUAUUUAAACUUAUUUUGUUCCAAAUUUUCUUCAGAUAUUUAUGUAAAGAAACCUAUAUGGCAAUAAGAUAAAAAAUAUGAAACUGUGAAUAGUAUAAACAAUAUGUAUUUAGGAAUAAUAACGUUUUUAUGAUAAAUUUAUUUAAAAAUGAUAUAAGCUUAAUUAUUUGAAAUAUGAUAUAGUUUAAUAAUGUUUUUCCUGAAUUUUUGUAAACAUACGUAAUAAUAUUCUUGGAAAUUGAGCUCUAAAAAUAAGUUUAAACAAAAAAUUAUGUAAAUAUAAUACAUAGCUACAGGGUGACCCAGUGUUCCAAAAAGGUCCACAUCAGAUUUUCGGUUUGAGAUUUUCAUUCCAGUUUUUUACAAAAUAUGAGGUGAAUAGUAGGGCACUUUUUAAACAUAUUUUCAGAGAUGUACAGGGCGAUAUGUUUGUACUAUUUUUUUUUUGGUUCAUUGAAAAUCUGAAAUAGGAUCUCAUAACCCCUUAUGAAGCUUUUCCAGGAUACUGUCUCACCCUGUAUAAUUGGAACUUUCCAGUUUGUUUUUUACCCUAGGAACUGAAUAUAUUUUAAUUUUUGUACUACAUAAUUUUGUUAAAUCAUAGUAUUUUAAGUGUAAUAAGAAGUUUACAUUCGCAAAUCACUUAUAAUCGCGUAUUUUUUUUUUUUUUAUCUUAUACCCUUGUUUAUACUAAGUAGUUAUGACUUAUAUAUCUAUACAGUCGUCUUCUAUAGUUCUUUAGAUAUACAGAUAUUAUCAAUGAGUAAUGUUAAGAUUUUUAUACGCCUUAUUAUAUAAGUUUUCUCGUUAAAUAUACUUUUAACUUUGAUAUUUUCAUAUUUCAAUUGUAUAUAUUUAAGUAUCAUAAUACUAUUUUGAUCAUUUUGCUACUUUUGAUAUUUUUUUAUUCAAUAUAAACCUUAAUUCUAAGCCAAGGUUGAACUUCUUUAAGGGUAAGCAGAUACUACUGUUUGAGUCUAACUAUUAAUAAUUGUAGAAUAUUUUUUUAUGCCAAUAUGGCAAAGAGUUGGUAAAAUAGACGGUGCUUUUCGAAUACUUGUAUCUCCAUGCCUUAAAGAUUUUUCAGUCUAUAUUACCGAACAAUGUAAGACAGGAUCUGCCUUUUAUAUUUUGUGACUGCUCGAUUUUACUCUAUUUACAUUGUAGAAGAGAAAACCAGAAGAAUACUUUAUAUUUUAAUAUUUUUUUAAGAAAUAUAUAGCCUUAUAUUGGCCAGAUAGUA